AUGGCUGAGCGCUUUUCGGUGGAAGGCCUAGAUUCCGAAUGGGAGACCUUGGAGAACGUUCGUGGGAGAUUGCGUGAGGAAGGUGGCCGACUCGUGAUUUCGAACGAGGAUGGUAGUUACGAUUCAAGCAACCGCCUGGCUAUCCAGAACCUUGAGCUCCUUACCCCAAUGCUGGUUCGAAUGACUUCGUGCAACCUCAAGAUCCCAGAUAUCGAUCCCCUACGAAUCGUUCUGCAAAAGGUUUACCAAUUGUUCGGCAAAGAACCUCCGGAGAGCGAAGUCGACGAUGAAGCUUGGGCUCUUCGGCACCUCGUGGGUCAUGUGAAGCGCAAGACCCAGAAACAUCUGGAGCCAGAUUUCCAAGAUAUGUGCCUCAUUUUGAACCCUCAGCUUGAGGCCAUUCUUGACGACAGCCAGCCGCCGGAACUGGUGCUUGCAGCAGACCUGCCAGAGCCAGCUGUUGCUGAAGCUCCCAUACCCGAGAUUCGCGAGAAGCGUGCGAAGAUGGAACGGCUGGCAGACUCCAGCCAUCAGGAUGCCCGCGCCGCAAGCCAGGAGGAGUUGGAGACGCCACCACCGAAGCCAAGCCUCCUGCAGCCGGAUGAUGCAGACACACAGUUGUACGACAUCAUGCGCGUGCCUCUGACUCCCUUGACCCCAGACUUCAACAAACCCUCGAGAACGCUGAGCACUGCAUCCGUGGACACAAAACGCUGGAUGUAUCAGCAUCCGGGCGAGCCGAAACCGAGUCCAGCUAAGCCCCGAGCACUUCUUCAAGAACCGCCCCCUGAACAAGAAGAGCCCGAGAGUGCGCUGCCGACACACGACCACGAGGAAGAGCAGCAAGCAGAGCCGAUGCAGGAGGACGCAGACAAGUGCGAAGAGUUCCCCAUCAUCUACACCGAACAGGUGUUCGGCAGACGACAGCAGCUUGGACUCAGAUCGAGGAUCAAGGCCCAGAACAAGGACAAGAAGAGCGCCGACAAGGAGGCUGCCGAUCCGGAUGGGUUUUCUGGGAUGCGGGGAGGCAAGAAGCUUAAACGCAAGGCCUCCAAGAGCCGCCUUGCUCGUCUCAAGAAGAUGCGCAAGUCCCGCAGCUUCUCGGCAAGCGGCCACGACCUCGACGAGCAGGAGAACGAGGCCGAGGAGAAGGAAGAGGGCGAGUGGGAGCAGGACGCCCACGACGCUGGCAAGGCCAAGCGCAAGCCGAAGGCCAAAGCCUCGCCGAAAGCCAAAUCCGGACCGAGAGCGAAAGCGAAAGCCAAGUCAUCUCCGAAAGCCAAGUCCGCACCGAGAGCCAAAGUGAAAGCCGCAGCCAAGUCUUUGUCCUCGAAGCCGGCCGAGGGUGAUGACGAUGUGGCGCACACCAAGAAUUCAAAGGGCGGUCGACCGAAGGGAUCCAAGAAUAAGCCGAAGGAGGUUGUUGAGGAGAAGAAGACGAAGCGCGCCCCCAGGGUUGCCCCGAGCAUCCGCCUCAACAGCAAGUCCGCCGACGACACGCCCCACGACCCUCUUGACCUUAAGUACAUAUUGGAGUUUUGGAGCGACUUCGAGAACCCCAAUGCCGACAUGGCCAUCUUGAAGAAAGAGGUCAAGGCAUGGAAGCCAGUCUUCACCUAUGUGGUGCCGGACAUCUAUUGGAGCCGCAACGAGUGUGCGCUCACGUUCCACUACGAGAACGAAAGCGGAGAGGCUUGCAAAAGCAACUUGGGCCACUUCCACUUUAGCCGCGACAACUCCGGGCUGUUGAUUGCCAUUGCCUGCAGCUACUUGCUGGCUACUUGUCGUUAA